GAAACAAAGUGAAACGCAGAUUUUUGCGUCCCGUUAGUGCACUCAUUUGUUGCACUGGAAAGGAUUUUUUUGAGCGGCCACGCGGCGCUAGAAGCGAUGUCGGCGACAAAAUAUUCACACCCGUUCCUGAACGGCCUGAAGCCAACUCCUGAAGGCUUUGAGGAUGAAAUACAGCAGAUACGGGAGUGGAUGAAAAGUCAGCCACACUUGCCGUAUAUAUCGGACGAGUACGUGAUCCUGUUCCUGCACUCCAACUAUUGCAAGAUCAAAGAGACGAAGGACACCAUCGAGUGCUACUUCACACUGAGGAAUAACUCCCCUGACAUUUUCACCAAUCGCGAUCCACUGUUGCCGAAAAAUAAAACCAUAUUGGACAUCACGCAAAUGGUGGCUCUUCCUAAACUGUCGGCUGAGGGAUACCAUAUCCUGCUGUACCGGUUCUGUGACACAGACUACAGCAAGUUGAACUUCGCGGACGCCGUGCGGGUGUUCUGUAUGUUCAAUGAUAUCAAGCUCUCCGAGGACAGGCUGUCUGAAGGCUAUAUCGUCAUCUUUGACAUGAAAGGAUGCAGUCUUGGCCAUCUCACUAGGGUCACUCUACCAGCGCUUCGUGCUUUUAUGGUUUAUAUACAGAACGCUCACCCAUGUCGUCUGAAGAAGAUACAUGUGGUCCAGACGGUGUCCUUUAUCAAUCAAGUUAUGUGUCUCGUCAAACCGCUCAUACACUCCAAUCUCCUCAACUUGCUGAACUUCUCUUCAGAGGGUCCCGCCUCCGUGGUAGACGUAGAGUGCCUGCCCGAAGAUUACGGCGGUCCUCAGCCAUCCGUCAAACAGCUACACGAAGAACAACGCAAAGUUAUGGAGGAGGACUAUAGAGAUUGGCUAAUAGAGUCAGAGAUAUUCAAAGUCGAUGAGAAGAAACGGAUUAAGAAGCCGAGCAAGGGCAUGUUCGCAAGUUUUACUAGCAGUUUUAAAAGCUUGGACAUUGACUGAUCUUUUAUAGCCCACUUUUUAGGUAAGUGCACACGGUGACAAAGCGACAACAACGGAUUGCAUUGCAAAUGGUUUGGUUCGCACUGCAUGAAAUUCAGUUGGUUCAUACAAAUGCACUUACGCCCGAAGUUAGUAUUAAUCUCAUCCAAAAUUUUCAGAUGGCAGUAUUGCUAUCCUUAUCAACCGGCAAGAGUACGAGAAGUACUCAAAAAUUAAAUAAGACAUGUGAAGAUUUUGGAUUAAGUUGAUUAUUAAUUUCGGGGGUAAGAUGGCUAGGAUAGUUUUGCAAUUCAAUACGCUUUGUGCCAAUCUGUCGCCAUGUGCGCUCAACAUUAAAACGCGAUUUUUACGCUCGCAAUAGUAGUCGGUUUAGAGUAUCGAAACACUGUUACUUCAAUGCAAAAUGUACCUAAUGAUACUCGUUUUUGAGAUACUAAUUCUGUAAUCGUGAUCUUCAUUUUGCCAAAAGCGCGACUUUGAACUUUAAUACAAUGUUCCUAAGUUCCAUUUUACUCUGACGUUACAAAAUCGUUUCUAUACUCCAAAACGACUACAAUUGCAAGCGUAUUAGUCUCGUAUUAAAAGGGACUGGAGUCUAAACUACUUGUAAAUAUACUUGUUAUAUAUAAAAUUAAUAGAAUUGUUAAUGGUUUGGUGUUAACCUAUUUUUGGUAGAAACACAUUGGCAACACGAAAAAACACAGCGCAAAGUUUUAUUAUUUCUAAUUAUUUGAAAAUAGAAGAGACAUUUUUGUUAUUUCGGACAGUUGCUAACCGGUCGUAAUAGGCACACGAAGUGAGAGCAGUCACAGCAUUAUAUCGAAACGUACCGUCGCGCGUCGCGUCUUGUCGUACUUGGUGUUGGAUAUAUGUUUCUACCAAUCUUCACUUUGGUCAUUAGUUAUUCUUAUUUUAAACAGCAACAAUUCGGACUGGUUUUCAAAAAAAACCGGAGAUGAUUCCAGUAGUGCGCACAGAGUUGAAAUUUACAUCAUCAUCAACUAACUAUUCACGUCCCACAACUGGUCAUAUGACUCUACCCUAAUAGAAGAGACGGAUUGAGAGCUCUGAUUUACUCAGCUCAGCUCACAUUGUAAGCAGACUUUAUCAAUUAUUAUGAUCAAAUUUUAGUGAUGCGAUACGCGUAUUUUGUUAAACGCAAAUCGAUAAACUAAACUAAUUUUGUAGGUUUAACGUUAUAGAAAUCCUGUUCACAUUCUUCUUAGUGGAAAAAUAUAGCAUUUUUUUUUUUUACUUUUCAGUUUAAUGUAGAGGUUUGGCUACAACAGAAUUGAGAUGCUAAUUAUAUUCUUUUUACAUUGUUGCAAGACCUUUACAGUAAAUAGUGUUUUUAGAAUUGACUGUGUAUUAAAAGUUAUAAAAUGACUACUGAUAAAUAUAGGUAUUAUUGAAUUUAGAAUCUUUGAAAGUUUUGUCAACCAGGGCUUUUUAACUCUUUUGCGCAAACUGGAUAACCUCGUUCUGGAUAGAUUAAUUUGCUAAUUGUUAUGUAAAUUAUUUCGAUAUAGAUAUAGUCGCAAUUGCUCAAGUUUACAUAUUAUGUAAAUAGAUAUUUGUGAUGUUACAUAUCAUGUAAAUAUAUUUUAAUUAGUACUAUUGUUCAUUCUAAAAUAUUUUUAGGGUAGUGACAUAAUUCGAUAAACUUAUUGUAUAUUAUUGAAUUUCUGAAGCACAUAAUGGACAUAUUUUAGUAAAACUUAUAAAAAAAUUAUCGAAUUAGUUUACUCUUAUAAUUAUAAGUGCUGAACUACCUGCCCAAUAAAAAUAAAAUUGAACAGGACCUAUUCGAGAGCAUCUACUAUACAAUAAAAAAAAUCAUACGACGGCAAAGAAAUCGCUGUAGGUACAUAAAACCGCACUUAUGAAAACUCCGCCUUUCUUACGCCAGACUUCUAGUCUGUCGAACAUUUUCUUGUGCGCAUUAAGUUUAUAGAAACUUACAACUGCCUCACAUGUGCUAGAUUAUUUUCAUUAUUUUAAUUAUAGGCCAACUAGUGGGUUUAGUCCGCUUAGAGUAUGAGAGGACUCUGAUAGGAGAGAGAUAUAAAGAUAUUCCACCCAUCACGCUGCUCUGCAUACUCGUAAAUUAAUCACCAUUGGAUUUAAUAACUGUCCAAAACAUAAAAACAGCAAAGAAAGUUUUUGUGGGAAAAAAAGGAACACGGAGGCUUAGACAUUUGCAGUAUAAUGAACCUUAUUGUUUUACGUUAAAGUAUAUUCUGGUUUGCUUCGUGUAAAAGGCUUUGAUUUAACGGACAUCACGGACGCAAACCACAACGUUGUAUCGAUAAUCGAGUCGGCUCGUUCCGCUAUCGACGUGUGGUUGACACGAGCCUUAGAGGAAAGAAUAUUGUACUCAAGUAGAGCGAGCUUUUAUUUAGUUUUAUGUAAAUGUUCAUUAUACGUGGUUACUGGUUAUUGUUUAGAUAUCUAUCACUUCGUGAAAGAUUACUGUUGAAUUGCACUCCAUUUAUAUUCUACUUUUCUUUAUCUCAAUAAAUAGAUUUACGUCCAAGUUAAAAAAUAUCAAUAUUAUACAAAAUCCUUAGAUAAAGGAUUGAAUUUAGUUUUGUUAUCCUUAUACUUAUUUACUCAUUGUUAUAUUAGAUAGAUAAUUAAUUUCGGGCGUUACUAGUUGUAGAUUCUUUCUUGCUUAAAAGCGCUCUCUCCAAAACAGUCAAGAAUAUUUGGGAGAGAAAACUAAAGAAAUUUUUUGUAAACACUUAAGUUAUGAAAGAAUAACGUUCUUGCACAAAAUGAUGUAUCCAGAUGCGCUUUCAUCUUUAAGUGAAGUGAGGAUUUAGCAAACUUUAAGCUACUGAAAAUUAACUGACCAAUAAGUAUAUGAAUUUAUCGCAAUGAAGUACUUUUGUCUAGAGUGUGCAUUAUGUAUGCGUCUUGGCUUUGCACAUAAGUAUGCGCUAGACAAUUUUAGCCAUUCUUCGUUUACAGAUUAUACCUAAGGCACUCCCUAUGUUUAUUCCUCUGAGCCGCCGUACAAGUCAUACAAGCCGUAGCUUCUAAGAUGCAAUCGAGAACAUCGAUCGCGUCGUCGUUGCGUCGGUCGUAUUUCGAAAUAUAGGCCCUGUUAUUCACUAAAGGCUUGAUGGUAUUACUUCUUGAUAUUUUUUUUUAUGAAGCUCUAGUCCUUUUAACCACUGUAUUAAGAAUAUCUCUAAUGUUUUUCAAAAACUUGUAGCUUGCUUGACAUCAAAAAAAAAAAAAAAAAUUUAAAGAGUGGAUUUAUUCAAGUUCAUUUAUCGAGAAAUAAUUUACAAGGAGACAAAACCGUGAGAAAAAUAUCGUAUGUAGGGAUGUAUAUAUAAUUAUCAUCGCAAUACCGAUUUUUUUUUGAUGAUAUUAAAUAUUGUAAUUAUCGGUUAUUUUGUCAAAAUUGAAAACAAUCCGUGUUUGAAAAAACACUUCUUGUAAUACUAUGAUUUAAAGGGAAAAUAAUAUCUUAAAUAUUUUAUGAAAGCCAGUUUUAAGUAACACAUGGAUGUAACAUUACUCUAAAAUGCAUUAUAUUGGAAUUCGCAUUAAAUGUAUAAAAUCAUAAGACGCAUCCGAAAUUCCAUCAAUGUAAAAUUUAAGUGUUGUACGUGUAUAUUAGGCCCACAGGCUAUUUGGCAGACUCGAUAAGAAAUUUGGCAAGCGUAUAGUCUGCGAUACAUUCGACUAAGUUGUAUGGCAGUACAGUUAUAUUACAUUAGUGGGAUUUUGGAGAAAUGUUAUUUAGGAAACGCCGAACGACGACUUUAUGCUUAGUCUUUAAUUGGCCUGUUAUUAUAAGUACCUACCUAAAGUCAAGUAUUCAUUAGGUCUUUGGAUUUUUUUAAAGCAACUAAUGAACAUGUUAUAAAGCUUUA